GCCGGAUGCCUGACUGGCUGGCUGGCUGGCUGGAUGGAUGGAUGGAUGAUGCAGAAUCAAGAAUUCAAGAACUAUCGCCGGAUCGUGCUCCUUGCUUCUCUGCAACCCGUUCAUCGGAAGGGAGUCCUUCUUCUUCGUCAUCUUCGCUCCCUUGCGAACGACCAAAGGACGAAUGGCCAGGCCUGUCGACCCCGGACUACACCUGUCCGGUCCUCGGACCGCCCGUCACCACCCCCCCACAACUCGACCGGCCAGCAAAACCACCCAACCACCACGAGGCAGGUUUCCCGCCCUUGGUUGGCUCGCGCAUGCAGACCGCGCAAAACCUCAACACAUCACACAUCGCGUACAUGUAUGCCUACACCCUGACCACCUCUCUUGCCCGCGUGAUCGGAGAACUGUCUGCAAGGGGAUCGCAGCGCUGCGUUCCCUUGCCAUGGACCACAAGCCCUUUAUUGGAACGUGCGUGAGGGUAAGUGCGGGGGGGAUGGUAAUGAUGUCGUUGAGAGACAAGACUCAGAUGGGGGGGGGAGAUAAGUCAGACAAAAAACCAAG